CCUUGUGUUUCUAAACCCGAUUUGGUCUCUCUGCUGGAGCAGGGGAGGGAGCCGUGGCUGGUGCGAACAGAGCUGACCAGGGGCCUGUGCCCAGCCACCCCUGUUGCCUCAGUUCCCUGCAUGCCCUGUCCUGACCCCAGUGUACUUUUGAGCUGUUCUUCGUGACCACCAGCCCACCUAUUUGACGAUGCGUCCAGUCCUGUACGAACCCCAACCGGAAAGUCAUUUGAGGGAGCCCUUGUGCUUGGCAUUGGCAGGCCAACAAUCUAUACAUGAGACCCAGGAAUUAUUUCCAAAGCAAGAUUCAUUUGCUGAAGUAACCAACAGAACUUCAAACCCAAAUGUGGAAUGUUCCACUUUUAGAGGAAAUUGGGAUUCCAAGGGUGUGUUUGAAAGGAAGCUGGUAGGUCAGGAGACACAAUUCAGGCAAGAGACAAUCACUCAUAACAAAACCCUCUCUAAGGAAAGAGAACGUACUCUUAAUAAAUCUGGGAGAUGGUUUCAUUUGGACAUUUCAGAAGAGAGAGUUCAUAAUCGUGACUCAGUUAAAAAAAAUUUGCCCAAAAAUUCAGUAGUAAUAAAACCUACAGGAAUCUAUGCAGGAAAAAAACUUUUCAAAUGUAAUGAAUGUAAGAAAACUUUUACCCAGAGCUCAUCCCUUACUGUUCAUCAGAGAAUUCAUACUGGAGAGAAACCCUAUAAAUGUAAUGAAUGUGGAAAGGCCUUCAGUGAUGGCUCAUCCUUUGCUAGACAUCAAAGAUGUCACACUGGCAAGAAGCCUUAUGAAUGUAUUGAAUGUGGGAAAGCUUUCAUACAGAACACUUCCCUUAUCCGUCACUGGAGAUAUUACCACACUGGGGAGAAACCUUUUGAUUGCAUCGAUUGUGGGAAAGCCUUCAGUGAUCACAUAGGACUCAAUCAGCACAGGAGGAUUCAUACUGGAGAGAAACCCUACAAAUGUGACGUAUGUGACAAAUCCUUUAGAUACGGCUCCUCCCUUACUGUGCAUCAAAGGAUUCAUACUGGAGAAAAACCAUAUGAGUGUGAUGUUUGCAGAAAAGCCUUCAGCCAUCAUGCGUCACUCACUCAACAUCAGAGAGUGCAUUCUGGAGAAAAACCUUUCAAAUGUAAAGAGUGCGGGAAAGCUUUCAGGCAGAACAUUCACCUUGCUAGUCAUCUGAGGAUCCAUACUGGAGAGAAACCCUUCGAAUGUGGGGAGUGCGGUAAAUCCUUCAGCAUCAGCUCUCAGCUGGCCACUCACCAGAGAAUUCAUACUGGAGAGAAGCCCUAUGAAUGUAAGGUUUGUAGUAAAGCCUUCACGCAGAAGGCUCACCUUGCACAGCACCAGAAAACUCAUACAGGCGAGAAACCGUACGAGUGUAAGGAAUGUGGGAAAGCCUUCAGCCAAACCACACACCUUAUUCAACACCAGAGGGUACACACUGGAGAGAAACCCUAUAAAUGCAGCGAGUGUGGGAAGGCCUUUGGUGAUAACUCAUCCUGUUCUCAGCAUCAGAGGCUUCAUACUGGCCAAAGACCUUACGAAUGUAUCGAAUGUGGGAAGGCGUUCAAGACAAAGUCCUCGCUCAUUUGUCAUCGCAGAAGUCAUACUGGAGAGAAACCUUAUGAAUGUAGUGCCUGUGGCAAAGCUUUCAGCCAUCGUCAGUCCCUUAGUGUCCAUCAGAGAAUUCAUUCUGGAAAGAAACCGUAUGAAUGCAAAGAAUGUAGGAAAACCUUCAUCCAGAUCGGACACCUUAAUCAACAUAAGAGAGUCCACACUGGGGAGAGAUCCUAUAACUAUAAGAAAAGCAGGAAAGUCUUCAGGCAGACCGCACACCUUGCUCAUCAGAGAAUUCAUAGCGGGGAGCCUUCUGCACGCCCCUCUUUACCUUCCACAUCAAAUCCUGUGGAUCUGCUUCCCAGAUUUCUCUGGGGUCAGUCCUCGCUCCCAUCACCAUAGCCUCCAUUAGUUGAAAAACUGGUCCCUCUGGUCGGUCUUGUCCUUUAUGAGCGUGUUUGUCACACUGCACUUAGAUUGAUUUUUGAUAAGUGUUAAUACAGUUUAUUCACUCCUUAUGUAACAACUUGUGCUGAGAUCCUUUACCCUGGUUAAUACGUAAGAUGUGCCUAGCACAGUGCCUGGUCCAGACCAAGUGUUGAGUAAAAUAUUACUUUGGGACAUUGAAGAAUUUAACAGUCAGCUCUGGAUAGAAAAGAUGCAUAGGAGGCGGCCAGGAGAAACCAGUUUAGAUCAGGAGCAGGAGUUUCAAGGGAGUCAGUGAGGUUCUGCCCAUGGUGGUUUAAAAUUUUGUUUCUAUAAUGUUGAGUUACAGCUGUGGCUUUCCAUCUCAUCCUCAUACAGGUAAGGUGAUGUGACUAUUGGUAAGAGAAUUCAGCUUUACUCUACAUCUGAUAAGUUUUAGGAAGUGUGUAGAGAACAUGGAUCAGUAGGCCUCUUGGAACAAAAGAACUGAAACAAUAAAAAAAAAUGCAAGAUAUAUAUUUACAGAGUUAAAACUGCUGACAUAUUACUCAAGAAUUAGUUUGGAAAGAUUUGAUCUAUUUAAAAUCACCUGAGCAUAUGAAUGGACUCUCGCCAACUUUUAAGGAACUGUCAACCUUGAGAUAAACUGGUCCAAAGUAGGUGUCAGUGAACUCUGACUCAGUGACCAAAGUCUCACUGGUUUUGUAUGGCCCAUGAUCUAAAUUUAAAAAUAAUAAUAAUAAUAAUUUUUAAAUGGUUGAACUAGCAAAGAGUAUUUUGUGACAACAUGAAAGUUACAUUAAAUUUAAAUUUAAAGUUACAUUAAAUUAAAUAUCAGCAUCUGUAAAUAAAGUUUUAUUGGCAUACAGCCACAGCCAUUGACAUCUUCCUGUGGCUGCUUUCAUUCCACAAUGGCAGGGGUGAAUAGCUGUGACAGAGCCGAUAUGGCCUGCAAAGCCUCAAGUUUUACUCUACCAUUUUACAGAAGAAGUUAGCCAACCCCUGCUGUGGCACAGAGAAGAAUGUAUUGAAGGUUCUAAUUAUUUCUGUGUGUGUAAUACAACUGUCACUUCAAAAACAAACUAUAAGGCAACUUAUGAAUAGAGGUGAAAGGGAAUUAUUAGACUAUUGAGAUAUGAAAAUAUGUCAGUGGAGGAGAAAUACAUUUUUCUAGAUGAAAUACCCAAUACUGUUAAAGUGUUGGUAAAUUGUCCUUCACGACAGAGUCCUGUAGGAUAUGUUUACUUUGACAGUUUUAUUUU